AGGGCUUCAUUGAUGGCCUUGGUUUUUUCCGGUCCGAACUUGCGUUGGUCAAGCGGGAUUUUAUUUGUCGACCGGAUUAUCAGACGGGCUGGGUGGUUUCUCUGCGUGGGGAGUGAUGGCUCGCGGGGGGGUUGGAUGGGCUUCUUGGUUGCUCUUCUUGGUUGGGCAUAGCCCGAGUUGGUUUUCACGGCUUGGGCAUAUGAGUUUGCUUGGCCGAGGGCCGGAGGCAGGUUUCCGGUCAAUGGGGUGGUCAGGCAGUUGGUAUUUGCUAGGUUGGAGAGUUCAAGUUGUUUUGCCAAGUUUGCGUUGGUGUCAGCUAAGGUUCUAGCAACUGCGAGGGCAUCUUCCAGGGUUUGUCGUUGUUCUGUAUUGAUGGGGGGCUGAGAGGGGAGGAGGCCUUCGGCUAAGAUGUCCCGGGCAUCAAUGCUGAGUUCCCCUAUAAUAGUGGCUAACAGGGUUUUGACGUGUUUGGGAAUUCCAGCUUUUAUGUGGGUGUCUGAGAGGCGGUAGUCUACGCUGAUGAGGUCGCAGACGGAUACGAGGUGUUUGCAUAUUUUUCCGAAGAAGGUAGAGUCGUUCUGAGAAGAGUCCGUACCGAGAUUGAGAGGGGCCAUGCGGGGGCCGGGCACAUUGUACCCUGCACUCUGAGGCCGGG